AUUUCUUGUUGUUCAUUCGCACGUUCGUAUUUAUAUUAAGUCCGAACACUUCACCAAAUUGACCCGAGUUGGCCGGCACCAGGACCUUUGUACUAUGCGCAGACAGAUCCAUUUCUGGAUAAGUAGCGAAAUGAGCAGUUUUUGGGCUCACGAAGCACACGACCAUCUACUUAGCGGCAGUAAUCAAACAGCCGCCUGCAAAACGACACUUCUCGGUGUCCUCCUCCUUUACAAAGCGAUAAAAUGGUGAAGAGAUUAUUACAGGGGCUGAAUUUGGGUGCUGGCUUGGCGGUGAAAUGGUAUGCCUUCGUAUUUCUACGCCUGCUUCCCGCUGGACCUCGAUAUCUCCCAACUAUUUUGAGCUGUACUUUAAUGUACCUCGCAUCUUACUUCUCACUUCGCUCCCUUGCUCAAAAACCAAUUCGGACGUCGAUUAUCACGCCCAUCCUAGUUCUUGGUGGACUUUACCAUCCCAUGUAUCGUCUUCUCUCGACGGUUGGUGCUUUGGUCACCUUGAUAGCUCCGCUUAUGUCGUACGACUUUGUCUACCGCACCCAUUUACUACAUCCGUCACUACACAUAUCCUUCGCUCGGGUUGGCUGGGUAACAGAAACGUCGGCCAGCCUCUUAUUUCGAUCUACCUUCCCAGAUCGAAUCGGCGUAUCCUAUUGGCCUUCUCACAAUGACAGCGCCGUCUCACAUGUCGGACUUUCUCAAUCCAGUGUCAAAACCGACUUCACUUCUCCUCUGUACAUCAAAAAUCUGCAACCGGGCAUCACAUACUUUUAUAACUCGACUGCCGGCCACAAAGGUUCGUUCACUACUAGACGAUCACAACAUGAUCAGAAGCAAUUCAGCAUUCUGAGUACAAGCUGCCAAAAGCCCAACUGGCCCUAUAAUCCUCUGUCUCAUUCGUUGGCAAUUAAUGGUUUAGAACAUGUCGAUAACGUGGUCCGAAAAAUGAAGAGAAAACCGGAAGCGAUGCUGUUCUUAGGCGACUUCAUCUAUUCAGACCUCCCAUAUCCCAUCGCCGACUAUACCACUUCGUACUAUCGCCGACUUUACCGCCAGAUCUACUCCAGCCCAUCUUGGACCCCAUUUCUGCGUUCAAUCCCCUGGCUACACAUGUUUGACGACCACGAGAUCAUCAACGACUACGCCCCUUCCACUUCUGCCCUUUCCAACAUGUUCAUAGAAGCCAUCGAUCCGUUCAUAAACUAUCAGCAAGUUGUCAACCCUCCCCCGGUCAGCUCCACACAACCGACGUACUUCCGCUUUGGAAUAGGCGAUGUAUCAUUCUUCGUCUUGGACUGCCGAUCAUGGCGUUCAGCUCAACCAGCUAGACCUGGAUCCAAUUCUACAGCUGGCUUUGGCAACAGGACGAUGCUUGGAGAAUCACAAUUUACGGCAGUCAAAGAAUGGGCAGAAGAAGGGACGAGAGAUGGAAAAUUACUGGUGCUUGUAUCAGGAGUACCGAUUACUCGCAAUUGGUCGGAAGGGGAUGAUGAGAUGGACAGUUGGGCUGGUUAUCUUGACGAACGUGAGGAGAUUCUUGAAAUGUUGUGGUCGUCCGGAGGAGCCGUCGUCAUCUCCGGCGAUCGACAUGAGCACGCAACCACAUUAUUCCCUCCUCCGCCUACGUCGCCUCACCUGAGCUCAUCGUCCGUCAUCGAGUUCUCCACCUCUCCUUUGUCAUUUUUUCACCAACCUUGGACCCGAGAAUACGUCCCACAUCCGGACACUGACAUUCCCAUCCAUCUGCAAUGGCAAGGUGAUAGUCGCUUUGGUGUGUUCGAGUUUGAUACCACUGGAGAAAGACCGAGAGUCAAGUUUGAAUUGAUGGUAGAUGGUGAGAAAGAAUGGGAGUAUGAGUGGGUAAAAGGGGUAGACGUGGUAAUUCCGGACGUAUGGCAGGCGUAAUGCAUACAUAAAUCUAAAGCGACAAAUCUUGUCAAAUGAUGGGAUUGAACGCAUCCAUGUGAGAAGAGAAUUCAUAAGUGGACAAAGGCGGUUUAAGGCGAGUCAGAGGAGACUUGCGACUUUCCGCGAAAGGACGAAAGAUAUGUUGUGGAGCUAUUGAUCUUAGGGUUUGCGAUAUGCCUUGCUGACAAAAGGCAAGCUCCGGUAUAAGCUACAUGCAUAUUUUUGUC